AUGGCGCAGCCCGAGACGUGGCUCGCAACCCUGCAGGACAUGGACUUCUUGCUUCUGGAAGCCAAGCUCGUCCUGAGUGCGGCGGGUAUCAUCUAUAUCGGCGCCCACGCGGCCCUGCGGCGGCCGCCGUCUGCCGCCCCGCCCCGGGACAAGAAGGCACGGCGCAAGACGGAGGAGGAGGACAACCUGGCUCAGGGCCUGGAGAUGUCCGACGCCAUCUUGUUUCCCGUCAUGGCCGGCUUCGUGCUCGUGGGUCUGUACUACCUCAUCCAGUGGCUCAACGACCCGGCCAUCAUCAGCACGAUUCUGCGCUGGUACAUGUCCAUUGUAUCAGUGGCAAGCCUCGUCACCCUAUAUGCGCACGGUGUGGACCUAGUCGCGGCGUUUGUGUUUCCAAAGUAUUGGCGUGGUCUGGAUGGCCGCUUGCGCGUGGCGGAUCAGAGGGCCAUGGCCGUUGUGCGAUGCGACAAUGUGGGCAACGUGAGCGCCGGUGAGCCCCCGCUGGCCGGCAACCCCUUGCCGGGCAUCCUUGGCUGGCUUGCACCGACGGCAAAGCUGCAACAUGUGGCUUGGAACAUGCGAGGCACAUUUAAGAGAGAAUGGCUGCUGCGAUUCUUUUUGCAGGGCGUGGGAGAUGAAAAGGCGCACAUCAAGUUUGCAACGAUGGCAGCUCUGCCACUAGCAGCCGCGACAGCCAUCUUGUACUUCAACACCACGUCGCCGUUUCUGUCCAACAUUCUGGGCUAUGGAAUGUGCUACUGCUCAUUUCUCGUCUUGUCGCCCACAGACUUGCUCAUCGGGUCGCUGGUGCUCUCGGGGCUCUUCUUCUACGACAUCUUGAUGGUGUUUUAUACCCCAUACAUGGUCACAGUGGCAACGACUCUCGAAGUCCCAAUCAAGUUGCAAUUCAAGACUGCCCAGCGUCAAAGUAUCCUCGGUCUCGGCGACAUUGUCAUCCCUGGCAUGUUCAUUGCGUGGACUCUCCGUGCGGAUCUGUGGCUGCACUACAAGCGUUUGGUCAAAUACGAGCCCACAGCCUUGCAAAUCGUGGAGAAGGAUGCCGCUUCUGGCGAGCUAGUGACGCGCAUCAAGACGAAGCAUUGCGAGAUCAAGCCCCCCUACAUGGAGGUCAAGGGCAACUGGGGAGAUUGGUUCUGGACGCGCCAGUUCAUGUACUUGUGUGCGCCAAAGGAGGUACCGCUUUCGGUGGCUGCGAGCAAUUUCAACAAGACCUACUUUUAUGCGUCCAUGGUUGGCUACCUGCUUGGUAUGCUUGCUACGUUGGCGAUGCUUCUAGUGUUUAAGCGUGGCCAGCCAGCGCUAUUGUAUCUUGUACCAAGUGUGCUCGGUGCUACUUACAUCACAGCCAUUUUCCGUGGAGAGUUAAAGAGCCUGUGGAAGUAUACGGAAGACGGCAGCCUAGAUACCAUGGAUGUCGUCGUGGACUUGGACUCGGAUGGAAACCUGGUCAAGGCCAUCGGCAAGCUGGAGAACGGAGUCGUAGAUACGACAAAAAAAAAGGAUCAGGGCCCCAAUUCGAAGGGGACUAAUAGCAAGGCUCAAGAAAAGGGAGAUGAGAAGCCUAUUAGUGAAGGUAAGAAGGUGAAGAAUCACCACAUCUUCUUGUUCUCUCUGGAGGCGCCCCCGGAUGAUGUGGAAGCAUAG